UCCUUCAUUUCUCCCCAAUUUCUCCAACUCUCCAAGCAUUCUCACUCUGGGUAAAUCCUUAACCCAAAAUUCUCUCACAAAAUCCCCCAAAACAAAAAUAUAAAAAAAAUGAGCAGCAGUCACACACAUUCACUCGCAUUCCGUGUAAUGCGACUAUGCCGUCCAACAUUCCACGUUGAAACCCCUCUCCGUUUCCAUCUUUCCGAUCUCAUCGCCGGCGAAGAUCUUUUCAGCGAUCCAUCCGCCGCACCUCAUCUCCAAAAACUCAUCAAUUCUCAAUCCACAAUAACAACAAUUAAUAGUAGUGAUUCAGCAUCAUCAGCUGAUCUCACUUUUAGUAAUCGGUUUCUUUUACGCGAAAAUGAUCCCUCUGAUCCCAUGGGACUUCCUGGUAUGCUUGUUCUCCCUCAAGCUUUUGGGGCCAUAUAUCUUGGAGAAACAUUUUGCAGUUACAUAAGCAUCAACAACAGCUCCAGUUUUGAAGUCAGGGACAUUGUAAUCAAGGCAGAAAUACAAACAGAAAGGCAGAGGAUACUGCUAUUAGAUACAACGAAAACACCAGUAGAAACUAUAAGAGCAGGAGGACGCUACGAUUUCAUUGUUGAACAUGAUGUUAAAGAGCUUGGUGCACACACGCUUGUCUGUACUGCCCAGUAUAGUGAUGGUGAUACUGAUCGCAAAUAUCUUCCUCAAUAUUUCAAGUUUAUAGUGUCAAAUCCCCUUUCUGUUAGGACAAAGGUCCGUGUAGUGAAGGAUACGACAUAUCUUGAGGCUUGUCUAGAAAAUAAUACAAAAUCAAACCUGUACAUGGACCAAGUAGAUUUCGAACCAGCUACAAAUUGGAGUGCAGUGUUACUAAAAGCUGAUGACCACCAUUCCAUAAAGGAUGUCUUGACAAGUGGGAUAUACAAACCCCCCAUUCUCAUUAAAUCUGGUGGAGGAAUUCACAACUAUCUGUACCGCUUAAAAUCAUCAUUGGAUGGAUCUGCCCCAACGAAAUUUGAGGGAAGUAAUGUUCUUGGUAAACUUCAGAUAACAUGGCGUACAAAUUUGGGUGAACCAGGGCGCUUGCAAACACAACAAAUAAUUGGUAAUCCCAUCACACACAAGGAGAUUGAACUUAAAGCAACGAAGGUGCCAUCUGUCAUAUUCUUGGAAAAACCCUUCACAGUAAACUUGAGUCUCACAAACAUGAGUGACAUCAACAUUGGCCCAUUCGAAGCUUUCUUAUCUCUGAGUGAUAACCAAGAGGAAAAAGCUGUUAUGGUUAACGGACUUCGAAGGAUGACUUUACCUCAGGUGGAAGCAUUCAAAUCUUUGGAUUUUCAAAUGAACCUAAUUGCUAUGGAAGUUGGAAUGCAGAAAGUUAGGGGCAUUACAGUGGUUAAUACGAUAGAGAAGAAAACUUAUGAGCUUAUACCAGAUAUCGAGAUAUUUGUUGAUGCAUAUUGAUGAGCUGUGUUGCGACGGGUUUUAUAAAGCUAGAAGGUCCAUGCUACACUUCAUACACAUCCUCGACACAACAUAGCUGCAGGGAUGCUACGUAACUCUGGUAUUAAGGAUCCCUAUGGAUUAUAACUCAGCACUUCCAUUAAAGGAAUAGGGGUAGUAUGUUGUGAAGAACUCAUCGACUAUGUUCAAAGUCCCCCUUGGAUCUCGUAACGGAGAUCGCAAACAACUGUUGGAAAUCAUUUUAACCCUCCAGUUAACAAGUCUCUAUAUGUUAGUUGAUGAAUCAGAUUGUGAUGUAUCAGAGUAGGUCGAAUGUUUUGUGAUAAAUGUACUUUCUAAUCUAUACCCAUACAAAAUUUUAAAUCUUUA